AGGAAGAAACAGCUGAUCAGGACUGAUCAGAGGACUAAUCGCUAUGUUUUUUCUCCAGCUGAUGUCAGGGUCUCUGCUCCUCCCCCUAGUGAUGAGUUCAGGCUUUGUGCACUCGUUGUGGUUGUUGUUCAACUACAUCUCAGGACCAACCCAGUUCCCAGAGUUCUCUAUGGUCCUGAUGCUGGAUGACAUCCAAGUGGGGUACUAUGACUCAGACACAGACCAACUGAUAAAUGUUGGUGGUGGAGGUGAGAAAGGGGCAGAGCUUGACCUGGGACAGUUCGCCUUGAAUGUGAUGAAGAACAAUAUGAUGGAUAUGGGGACGAGGUUGGACAUAGUCAGAAAACAGCUAAACCUGACCACUACAGGCGUCUACGUUCAACAGAGGAUGUAUAUUUGUGGGGUCCGGAAAGACGGUCAGCCUGAUUUCAUCAUGGUCAGGGACGGUGCGAAUGGUCAUGAUGCCGACAGCAUCCAUUGUAACACAACUCACUUCCUGUACGGUGGUGGUGAUGGUUGGGAUUUCAAAUUGGACACCAUGAAGCAAAUAUAUUUGCAGAUGCGCUUCUCAAACAUCCACCUGCCCUUUUGUGCCCGGAUUCUGCGACGCCUGCUGGAGAGCAACAAGCACCUGGUGAUGCGUCGUGUUCGACCUCGACUACGCCUCCUAUCACAGCCGAGGGGGGGCGGGGCCCAGAUCACCUGUCUGGCCACAGACUUCUACCCUCGCCACAUCAACCUGACGCUGCUGCGGGACGGGGAACCCGUGGACGAGGAGGAAAUGACCGUUGGGUCAGUGCUGCCGAACGGCAAUGGUCUCUACCAGCUGAAGAAGACGCUGAUGGUGGAUGAAGAGGAGCUGCAGAGGAAGCACAAGUACACCUGUGCAGCGUCUCACCGGAGUCUGGACAACCGGCUGGACGUGAGCUGGAGGGCGGAAUCUUUCCGCUCAUACAGAGUCCUCGUCAUCUCUGCUCCCGUCGUCCUGAUGGUUGCUGCCAUCCUGCUGCUGGUGCUGAUGAUGAAGAUGAGGAAGAGGUCAGGGUCAGAGGUCAAUCUCCUUGGAAACACGGGAGAAUCCCGGAGCCAGCACUGAUGACUGAUCGGAGCCUGGGGUGGAGGACCGGGACGUGACGGCUUCACCGAAGCAGAUUUCAUCCAAAUAAUCCUCGCCCCAGUGCAGAAUUGUGAUAUUACCGGCUGGAUUACCAUUCAUGCUUUUAUAAGCUCGAGAAUUGACUAUUGCAAUGCUUUGUAUGUUGGUGUCUCCAAGUCUUCUCUUAGCCGUCUUCAGCUUGUUCAGAAUGCCGCUGCACGUUUUUUAACUAAUACUCGACGUCGCAAACACAUCAUUCCGGUUUUAUUUUCUCUUCACUGGCUUCCUGUUUCUUUUAGAAUUGAUUUUAAAAUGUUAAUCUUUGUUUUUAAAGCCCUCAAUGGGCUUGCCCCUGUUUAUUUAUGUGAACAAGUGCAUGUUCAGAACUCCACUAGAGGCCUACGGUCCUCAAAUCAGCUCCUGCUGGAAGUCCCCAGGACCAGGACUAAACUCUGGGGUGAUCGGACCUUCUCCGUUGCUGGACCCAGACUCUGGAAUAAACUGCCCCCAGAAAUGCGCACCAUCACUGACUUUGGGGUUUUUAUAUCCAGACUGAAAACCUGGUUAUUUAGACUGGCUUUUAAUACACAGUAUUGAUGUGAAAUAUUCUUAAUUUAAUUUUAAUGGUUUUAUUAUGUUGUUUUUUAAAUUGUUUUGUUUUAAUGUGAUUUUAAUGGAAAGCACUUUGGUCACCCUGUGUGUUUUAAAGGGCUUUAGAAAUAAAGAUUGAUUGAUUGAUUGAUUGAUUGAUUGAUUAAUCUCAUGACGGAGAUGCCAAAGACGGAUGAGAUUGUGAUGGAUACUUUAGCCUUCGUCACUUGAUUAAACCAAAACUAUUGUGAGUAGCAAGUGUAGCCUUGUACAGAGACCAGAGUCUACAGACUGAUAAUUUGUCCCUAAAAGAUUAGCUCUGUUUUUCUGAAUCGUAAGAAUGAAUCAUCAUUUAUGUUUUAAAGUCAUUAUGCUUCCUGUUUUUCAUUGUCAUUCUACAUCGAGACGCCUCAUGUAUGUCCUGAGUCUAUUGCAUGCAAAAGCUUAACUAUUAUGAAAAAAAACACGUUUUUUCUUGCUUUAACAUAUAUAAAGUGGUCUCCCCUCAGCCUGCCAACUCAGAGAAGGAGGAAAGCAACCAAAUUCUGCAGUGUCUGUACAGAUGAGUUUAGUUUAGUUUUAGUUUAGUUUAUUUUGUUUUGGUCAUUUACAUUUUAAGAUGUUUGCAUAUGCACACUGUAUAUGUAUACACACAGGUAUAAAUAUAUAUAUUAUAUAUAUGUACACAUUUCCUUUUUUUUUUUUUUUUUUGACCAAAAAGGUAUACGCUGAGCCGUCCAGUGUCAUGUGACUUCUACGAGCCGUUCAGAUUCGGCGCAUUUUCAUUACGUAACCAAAAUGCAAACCACGCCCACAACUAUAAAACCGUGUAACUGCAUGCGAGUGUCCAACUAUCGCAACGCACUACGUGACAUCAGACGCUCUCUGUCCAUCUCCCUCCAGCAGCUGCCGCUUUAUUGAGGUUUUUGUAGUGAAAUGAGGAGGAAUCAUAGAGAUAACUUCUCAUUUCAACUAACUGGAUCAGCCGUUCCUCAUCCAUGACUGUUUCCUACAGCGCUUUCAACCGGCCUGAAGAAUCUACAUGCAAGUCAUACAAGCUUCCACUGCAGCCUGAACAUGCACAAGGUUGCGAGGGCCCGUUCAUCGCUGCUUGCAGCUUUAAUUUUAUUUGUUAUUUACUGUUUAAUUGUGUCUUGCCGUUUUUAAUGUUGAUGUAAAGCACUUUGAAUGACCUUGUGUUGAAUGGUGCUAUAUAAAUAA